AUGGAACAACCACCCUCUCAAGCACUUCAAUCUUUGUCCGUCUCCGAUUCUCAGAUCCCUCAAUCCCCCAAUUCCACUCCCAAUCCAACUUCUCAGUUGAGUCCUGAAGAGAAGUUUAAGAUUGUGAGGAGCGUUGGAGAAGAGUGCAUUCAGGAAGACGAACUCCUUAACCUCCUCACCAAAAAACCCGAACCUGUUUGCUACGAUGGCUUCGAACCCUCCGGACGCAUGCACAUUGCUCAGGGUGUCAUGAAAACAAUCAGUGUCAACAAGCUGACAUCUGCCGGUUGCCGUGUCAAAAUAUGGAUUGCUGAUUGGUUUGCCAAGCUGAAUAAUAAGAUGGGAGGGGAUUUGAAAAAAAUUGAGACGGUUGGUCGUUACUUGAUUGAGAUUUGGAAGGCUGUUGGUAUGGAUGUUGAGGGAGGGAAAGUUGAGUUUCUGUGGUCUUCGAAGGAGAUUAACGCCAGAGCUGAUGAGUACUGGCCUCUUGUGUUGGAUAUAGCUCAGAAGAACAAUCUUAAAAGGAUUAUCAGGUGUAGUCAAAUUAUGGGACGAAGUGAGCAGGACGAAUUGACUGCUGCUCAGAUAUUCUAUCCAUGCAUGCAGUGUGCUGACAUAUUUUUCCUCAAGGCUGACAUCUGCCAAUUGGGAAUGGAUCAGCGGAAAGUGAAUGUACUUGCUAGGGAGUAUUGUGAUGACAUUAAGAGGAAGAACAAGCCCAUUAUCUUGUCACACCACAUGUUACCUGGUCUGCAGCAAGGGCAAGAAAAGAUGUCUAAAAGUGAUCCAUCAUCUUCUGUUUUCAUGGAAGACGAGGAGGCUGAAGUGAAUGUGAAAAUAAAAAAGGCUUAUUGCCCGCCAAAGGUUGUGGAAGGAAACCCAUGCUUGGAGUACAUUAAAUACCUUAUUUUACCGUGGUUUAAUGAGUUCACAGUGGAGCGUAGUGCAGAUAAUGGUGGGAACAAGACAUUCAAAAGCUAUGAGGAGCUUAUUGCAGACUAUGAAAGUGGAGAGUUACAUCCUGCUGACCUUAAACCAGCACUGUCAAAGUCAUUGAAUAAAAUUCUGGAGCCUGUAAGAGAACACUUUAGGAAGGACAGCAAUGCGAAAGAGCUACUGAAAAGGGUCAAGGCUUACAGAGUCACCAAGUAA